AUGUUAGCUAUAUUUGAGGCGCUUAUAGUCUCCCGUCUCCAAUAUGGAUCUCAGGCCUUUAGCAAUGCCUCUCCUACACAGUUAGCUAAAUUAGAGGCCACCUAUAAUGUUGCCCUCAGAAUAGUGUCAGGGGCCCAUCUCGGCACCCCCAAUGACAGCAUCAGGGUGGAGCUUGGAGUACUUCCGUUGAGUUGUAAUACUGACAGUGCCUCCCGCUCCCAACCCAUGUUUUCAGUUCUGGAACAGUCGUAUGCUAGUCUUAGACUGCCAACUGUCACAACGAAGUUGGCCAACUCGACGGUUGCGUUUUUCCGCGCCGAUGUCGAGAGCAUCAAGUACAGGGUGAAGCGACGAGACAUCUUUGACGCUUUUCUGGUCUCGAUUAUACUGAUUCUCUGCGGCGCCCUGUUCGCCGUAUGGUACGCACGAAAACCCGUCGUUGAAGAUACAACAACAUCUUCUAAGUGCAUAAACAAUGCGAAGCGAUUCCCAAAGGACGCGUACAUUAAAAGUAAAAUUCACCCGUUUACCGAGCUGACAGCUGACGAAAUCCAGAGUGUUGUCAGCUUCCUGUUGAGCCAGAAACGUCUGGCACUAGUCUCGCUAAAUGAGGCUAAGAUAAAUUCGAAUUUCAUUCAUACCAUCGAGCUGCAGUUGGCGCCAAAACUUUCUGUUUUAAAACACCUCGAUGGUUUGGCGCCAGCACCGCCGCGACGAGCGAAAGUGUUUAUAUUUAGAGGGAAUGUCACCCCGCCCGUGGUUGAAGAAUACCUAGUGGGAGAUCUGCCAAACCUGACCUUCGCCCGGGUGGCUAACACCACAUCCCGUAAAACGCAGAUCCCUUACAACAUAAGACCCUUUUCGCGAUUUGAGUUCUAUGGCAUUUAUCAGCACGUCCUGGUUGCCGUGGCAACACUAGCAGAGAAACUAUUGGUGGAAAGUUAUGGCGCCACGGUGUACAAAUGCGGGGACAAAUGCCUACGGUUUUCGAUGACCCCGGUUUCCAGCGCUUUUCUUCGGAAGGGCGAAAGGAAAUCGUGGUUCUGGUUUACCUACGACUUGGAAUUCUUCACCUUGAAUCCGUUGGAUUUCCAAGUCCUUGUCGACAUGACUGAUACAGAUCCCAAAAACUGGCAGCUACAGAAGGUCUGGUACGCCUCUAGACUGUACGAGAGUUUACCCGAGCUGAUGAGGAUGUACGAACACGGGAACAUCAACAAGACGAGAGUCACCAUGCCGAGCGUCGCACAGAAACACCUCCGCAGCUCCCUCUACCUCCGAGGAACUCCUUUCCCGAAAGAAAACCUCCAGAAGCCUCGUCAGUUUGAACCCAGCGGGCCCAGAUACACCAUUGAUGGUAACGAAAUCACUUACAUGAAGUGGAAGCUGAACUACAGGAUGUCUCCUACGGUUGGGCUGCAGCUGUUCAACAUCAGAUACAACGCUGAGAGAAUCGUGUACGAACUGAGUCUGCAGGAGAUCAUCGUCCUGUAUGCCGGACACAGCCCCGCGGCCAGCAUGCUGUAUUUCGCCGACAGCGCGGGGCUGUUCGGGACCCGGACCCGCGGGAUGGUCCCCGGGGUGGACUGUCCUCACCACGCCACGUUCCAGGACGUGGAGCUCUUUACCUCCAACGAAAGCGGCAUGCAGCGCUUUCAGAACGCUCUCUGCAUCUUCGAGGACAACACGCAGACGCCACUGCGACGUCAUCGCGCAUACAGCCGAACCGGCGCCUUCUACGGUGGACUCGUGGACGUCGUCCUUGUGGUUCGCUUCAUCAUAUCGAUCAUCAACUACGACUACGUCUUCGACUUCAAGUUCCACAACAACGGGGCCGUCUGCGCCGGCGUCUCCUCCACGGGUUACCUGGCGUCCAACUUCUACACCCCGGAGGAAGACCGCUAUGCAGCCAGGGUCGGGGACACGGUGGCGGCCGGCAUGCAUCACCACCUGUUCAACUUCAAGGCCGACGUGGACGUGAAGGGCGUGGUCAACCAGUACCAGACGUGGAGCGUGGAGGUGGAGAACAAGACGAACGAAUGGUCGCACGACCCCCACAACCACCAUAUGCAGACGUACAUCAAGAAAACCGUCCACAAGACGGAGCUGGAGGCCGUGUACAGACAUCACUUCGAGGAGCCCAUGUACCUGCUCUUCAGCAGCAACUCGUCCAGGGACAGGUACGGCAACCAGAACAGCUACCGCAUCAUCAUCAAAGGAAUGUCCAAGCAGAAGCUGGCCCCGUGGAACGGGUUCGAGAGCUCCAUGACCUGGGCACGCUACCAGAUGGCCGUCACGAAGCAGAGGGAUGAGGAAGAGAUGAGCAGCUCAAUAUUCGCCAUGUGGGACGCGGGGGACCCCGUCGUCAACUUCCAGAAAUAUCUCGACAACGACGACUCCGUUUUAAAUGAGGAUCUGGUUGCUUGGAUUACGCUUGGCACGUACCACAUCCCGCAGACUGAGAACGUGCCCAACACUGGGACCGUCGGCGGCCACCUCUCCUUCUACCUCAUGCCCUUCAACUACUUCGACGAGGACCCGUCCAUGGCGUCACGUGACGCCGUGCGCAUGAUGCCGCGAGAUAAGGCGAGACCCCACGAGAAUAUAAUGAUCGAGAGAGACGGGAUGGACAAUCUGCCAGAGUGUAUACCAAGAACGGACUCGGAAUUUUCAACACAAAUGAACAAUACUUUUGCGUUUUCAUGAUUGCGGGGGGUUGUUUUGGGUUUCACUAUCUUUUAAUUAUAAAGGGUAAAUGAAGCGAGAUAAAACCAACACUGUCUCAUUCAGUGCUAAACAGGGUCGUAGCUACAUUUAUCCUUGGGGUGGGGGUGGAAACCGAGAUUCUAACACUGAUGACUCACAACGUGUGCAGGAUUCAUCAGAAGCCUACGUGCAUGUUGCCAUGAAUAUGAAAAUCCUUGUGGUAAGUGUAAUCUGCUCUAUUUUGAUGGUGUACGUUUGCAAUUUGAAAAAUAACAGGGAACGACUGUUCUCUUCCCCAUGCACCCCAACCCACCCCCACCCCCAUCCUCUCAUUUCUCCCUCCUCGCUAGCGUAAGCAACGCCAGUAUUAUAUAUUUGACCUCAUGCCAUACUUUAUUUGAUCUUUACCAAAAAUUAUUUAUAUUUAUUUUUGUUAAAUGCUUGAUAUGUACAGUAAACAUUUGUUCAUGUUUGUUCAUGUUUGUUCAUAUAGACAAUAUAGCACAUACUUGUACAUAGCCAUAGCCAUCGCGUACCUCAUGUAUCAUCGUAUACCAUCGUAUACCAUCGGGUAAGUUCGUGUACCAUCGAGUACCAUCGUGUACAUACGCCAUUAUAUAGAGACAUGGUUCUUUUUGGAGCCGUUUAAUUUAUAUUAGAAAGUUACAAUACAUGUAACUACGAUUACAUGUUAACUGUUGUGUUGUUGUUAGUCGA